AUGCCUGAUCUCAACAAUAUCCAAGGCGAUGUUUGGCCUCGUCUGCCGAAGAAGGCAGAGACCUUCUACUUCUUCAGCAUAGAGGACCCUGCCGUCUUCAAGCAAAAGUUGGCGAAGCUCGUGCCUAUGAUCACCACCGGGCAAGAAGCCAAAGACACCCGUUCGGAUCUUUACGCGCGGAAAAAGUCGGGAGAGACUGGGCUCAUUCAACUGACUGCCAUUAACAUUUCUUUCUCGUACACUGGAAUGAAAAAACUUGGCAAGACCGACAUCGGCGAUGACAUCUUCAGUGGCGGACAGUACAAGGACAUGGUUACUGGUGGUCUCGAUGAUCCACAGGACUGGGACAAGUUCUAUACCGGCUACAAUGGCACCAUAGACGGUGUUUUUAUUAUCACUGGAAAUACAUUGGCGGCAGUGGAGAAGACGUUUCUACACCUCGUCCAGCCAACCUUCAGCAACGGUGGUCCGACAACUGGUAUGCGUAUAGUCCACACUGAAAGUGGAACCGUUCAGCAGGACGACAAGGAACAUUUCGGCUGGGUGGAUGGUAUCUCCCAGCCUCUUGUGGAAGGUCUGGAACCAGCAACCAACAAACCUCGCGAACCUAGGCCGGUUCCCAAUGGUGUGUUCUUCAUUGGAGGCGAUGAUGAUUACUCCAAUCAGCCCGCUUGGGCCAAAGACGGGUCCUUCAUGGUCUUCCGCCGAUUGCGGCAGUUGGUGCCCGAGUUCACAAGCUGGAGUGGGAAGAACUGCGAGGACCCGACAAGCAUGGAUGUCAUUCGCUUGUUCUCAUCGCGUGUGGUGGGACGAUGGCCCGAUGGUGCCCCGCUUGAUAAAUAUCCUCUACGCGCUCCUCACGACGGUGAGCCCGACCACCCAGUUCAAAAAGAGAAUGAUUUCGACUAUGGCCCAGAUGUGGAGAAGCAAGCUAGAUGUCCCUUCGCUUCGCAUAUCCGACAAGUCCGGCCACGUAAGGAUUUCCCUGACGACUCCCAAGCGAUGAUCCGCCGAGGCAUUCCAUAUGGCGACUGGACCGACAUUGAGGAAAAGCGAGGCGGUCAUACUUUGAAACAGCGUGGAUUGCUGUUCGUAUCCUACCAGUCUAGCCUUCGUAGUGGCUUCCGCUUCGUGAUGAAGGAGUGGGCGAACAAGUCCGACUUCCCUCAUGACAAGUUUGCGGCAUGUGGGGGUCAAGGCCCCGGCAUCGAUCCCAUCAUUGGUCAAGUUCGCAAAUACCCAGGCAAGGCAAACAUCCCCAGCGCCCUCGGGAUACAGGAGGCGUCUGAUGUCUCGAAUCGUUAUGUUGAUGUCGAACGCUUUGUGAUUCCUGAGGGUGGCGAAUACUUUUUCACACCUUCCAUUUCCGCUCUCAAAGAUGAGCUUUGCAAGUAG